CCCUCCCAGAGGAAUCAAAUGCCCCACCUUUCUUUCCAGACUCCUUCUCUAUAACAUCCAAAGACCUUGUACAGUUCUUUAUUAAUUCCAGGGCUGUCUGUAUCAGAACCAAGGCACUCCCUUUCCAAAGAAACCGUAAGUGAAUACACAAAGAGAACUGUGUAUGAUCAAUAUCAUAUCAUUUUGUUUUAUAUAGGCAUAGGUGUUUCAACAUUUUAAUACAUAUUACUAGUGACAGUAAAUGUUGCAUUAACCUGUUAUGAUUGCUUAUUUAUAAAGUGCCAAAAUAUUCUGCGGAGCUGGGCAUUGAAUCCACAACGCAGACUAAUAAAAAAAUAAUGCUAAAAAAAUAAGGGGGGGGGGGUUAUAAAUUGGGGCACUGUUAUGACAUGUUUUAUAGAGAAGAAGCAGGAUUUUAAAUUGAAUUCUGGAACGUAUAGAGAGUCAGUCAGGUGGGGCUGGUCCAAAGGCACAGUUUAUGGCUUGCCAUGGUUUAACGUUUUUUGACGUAAAAUUUGAAUAUCACUCUAAAUUCACCCUGAGGUCCUUGUAUUUCACAUUUCGUAACCCUGUACUAAUUCCACAUAUUGACUUAGGAUCACCAGAUGCUCCCUGUUUUGCAGAACAAAUACAUACAUACUGUUAGACAGCACGAGACAGUGCUGCUUUGUUGUAUGUGGAAUUCAUAUUCUGCAGAGUAGCAAUCUUCAUGUGAAGGCUUUCAAUAUUAAGAAAUUAUAUUUGCCUAGGAACACACUGUGGAUAUGACUUUUAAAGUUCUGAGUGAUAGAAUACAAUUAUCCUCAUCCCAAUACAAAUGAAAUCAGUAAAAAUGUCAUUGAAAAAAUGGCUAUUGUACAUUUUUGUAGUUAUUUGUAAGCGUUUUCCUGUUUGUAGUUUGUGUACCUGUAUUUGUGUGGAGUCUACCUUUUUAGAAAAUUUAACAAAAUCCUGCAGUUCCCCUAUUGAGUUUGUAUGUUUGUGGUUGUAUAUUGGUGUGUCUCUCUAUAUAUGGGUGUAAUUAUUUGCAUUUGGGUAUAAGGAAGAAUCAGUGCAUUAAUGAGUGUAAAAUUACGUAUUUGUCUCCAUGUUUGUAUGUAUGUGUAUCUGUGUCUGUGCAAAUGUAUGUGUCCAUUUUCUAAAGAUAAAAACUAAAAUAAAUCUGGCAUUGCCCCUGCCCAAAAUUGGGCUGCGGAUCUGCUCCUGAAAAUAGGAUUUUAGUUGUCUGGUAAUCUGGCAUGUGUGCCAUCGUUUCUGCAGUCGCACACAAUGCAGUACUGGCACACCUACAGUCCACUCCCAUUCCGGCUUCCUAGGUUCUGCAUCAAUCGUUCUAGUGGAGACAUGCUUUUUGGUUUUGUGAUAAUUUAUGUCGGGAGAGGGCAAUAUACAAUUCUGCAAAAUCUGAGUACCUAUCAUGGAAGUUGUUUUAUCUGACUAUCACUGGUUUAAGCUUUAGACUUGGAGUGAAAUUUGUUGGGAAAAAGGCCGGGUUCUGCCUUUUUAAGUUAAUUGAAUUUACGUUUAAAGAUGUACUAAUUGAUAUUAUUUAAUAUCAAAAGAGGAUUAACCAUAGUUACCCAAGGGAGCUAGAUACAUGUGAAAACAUUCGAAAAGGGUUUGACUACUAACCCUGAGUUGGGACUGGUGCACUCCUCUUAACAUAACUAACACACCACAUUGCUGUCAAUACUGUAUGUUGCAUAAACUGAUACAUUAAUUAUACAAUCUAGACCCCAGCUCUUAGCAGUAGCGAACUAUACCUUUCCUGUUUAAAUACGUUCAUUUUAUUAUUAUUCACAAGAACUGCGAGAACUUCAAAAGAUAUUUGUUUUGUUUUGAAAUUGAGUUGUUGCAUAUCUUGUAAUACACUAUUUGUUUAAGAUGAUUACAUUUAGAGAUGAGAUGAGAUUACAGUGGAGCUAUUUGUUUGACACAGAGCUUCAUUGUGCACACCCUAAAACUUGCACUUCUCAAACAAUGCCCAUUGAACAAUUUUGUAAAUCCUCUACUUGCUCUUCACAAGGCUUUGCUUGCUAUAGUGCCAUCUUUCUUUUUAAGAUUCUUGUAUUGUUUGUAUUGUUUUUGAACAGACUGUUUUACAGAAAGGAAGGUUAGUGAAAUAAUAGCAUUAAGUCUUAGAAACAUAGAAUGUGAUGGCAGAUAAGAACCAUACGGCCCAUCUAGUCUGCUCAAUUUUCUAAAUACUUUCAUUAGUCCCUAGUCUUAUCUUAUAGUUAGGAUAGCCUUAUGCCUAUCCCACGCAUGCUUAAACUCCUUUACUGUGUUAACCUCUACCACUUCAGCUGGAAGGCUAUUCCAUGCAUCCACUACCCUCUCAGUAAAGUAAUACUUCCUGAUAUUAUUUUUAAACCUUUGUCCCUCUAAUUUAAGACUAUGUCCUCUUGUUGUGGUAGUUUUUCUUCUUUUAAAUAUAGUCUCCUCCUUUACUGUGUUGAUUCCCUUUAUAUAUUUAAAUGUUUCUAUCAUAUCCCCCCUGUCUCGUCUUUCCUCCAAGCUAUACAUGUUAAGAUCCUUUAACCUUUCCUGGUAAGUUUUAUCCCGCAAUCCAUGAACCAGUUUAGUAGCCCUUCUCUGAACCCUCUCUAAGGUAUCAAUAUUCUUCUGAAGAUACGGUCUCCAGUACUGUGUACAAUACUCCAAGUGAGGUCUCACUAGUGUUCUGUACAAUGGCAUGAGCACUUCCCUCUUUCAUAACAUUGGUCUAAACAAUUAUUGACAUGGCACAUUACCUCAAAAACAACAUUCAUUUUUGGUUAUUGUUUUCAAUACUUUUUGUUACUAUUAGGAAACAAAGAAAGAAAACAGAAUUGAUCUCACCUGUAGAUAUAAUUAAAGGUUAAACAAAUCUUGUUUCAAGUCAUUUUCUUUAAAAUAAAAUAAAAAUUUAAUAAUUCUUUCACAGUUUAUGAAGCUUUUCUCUACAUUCAUUCUGAAAGUUCAAAAUAUUUGAAUUAGUGAUUUAACCCCUUAAGGACACAUGACAUGUGUGAAAUGUCAUGAUUCCCUUUUAUUCCAGAAGUUUGGUCCUUAAGGGGUUAACAGUCUGGGUUUUAUUCACUCAGAAUACCAGUACUGAAACGGAAACAAAAUGGCAACAUUUGGGCUAAAAUUGGCUAAACUGUGAGUAAAGCAGACUUGGAAUUUGUAUUUUUCAAAUCAGCUCUUUUCCCCACGUUUGAUGUUUCAGUUUUCAAUUUAGUGCAAAUCUUUAUUACAUGAAUAAACCCCACAGUGAUUUCGACAACCUGACUUUUUAUUUAUUCUAAGCAAACAAAUACCAAAAGAUUUUAUUUUUUAAAUUAUUGCCGUAUGAUGAUGUGCAUCUUAUCUUUGUGUUAUCUUUGUAUUUAAUUUUCAGAAUUACUGCCUUAUAAAAGUGCCCAAGCUGGCAUAAAAUGUUUUUCAAUUAUCAUUUUUUGGAUAAGAUCCAAAACCAUGACGUUAGUAGUGCAAAUCCAUUCAGUAAGAUGCCCUUCACAAAGCCACGUUGAUUCAGCUUGAAUCAAAAGGCUUGGGGCACAGAAAUAAUAAAAUAAAAUGGAACAAUAAUGCUUUUUGCAUUUUUUUUUAAUUUGAAGUAACUAGUUGAACUGAGGAACUUAAAGCAACACUCCAAGCACCAUAACCAGCUUACGUGGUUAUGGUGCCAAAAAUGCACCUGCGUCCCUGCCCAAUCAACAAUUUAAUGCCUUAUCUGGGGUCCACCAGCCACCGCUCUUCAGCCCCACUCCCAUCUCCCAAUCUCCCAAAAGUCAAAAAAAUACCCCAGCAAGAACAUUCGUUAGCUCUCCUGAACUACUCCCUGCAUUGCAGGAUUUUAUUCCUUGGAUGAGUAACUGCAAUGCAGGGUUUAGCUCACUAGCUGAGGACUGCAACGCAGGUCUUAGCUCAUAGGCAGAACCAUACAUUCUGGGGAGAUGGUACUGGAGACAGGGAACGUGUCUGGCAAAGUCCAGUUGUGCCGUCAAACUGUUAAAAAAAAUCCAGUUUGAGUCCUUAUAAUAGUGGGCACCAGGGAACUCCUGACACCAUAGCCACUAAGGCGAAUUGUAGUGGUUAUGGUGCUUGUAGUUUUACUUUAAAUUCUGUUGUAAAAACAAAUCCAUAGGUGUUUAUUCAUAAGACAGAAACAGGGUUAUUCACUGAACUCUAAAUUGUAGCAAACUAAUAUCUGAAAUGCAAAAUUCAAAUAUAAAUAGCCAAGGGAUUUUAAUUCACUACAACUUGGGUUUUAAUUAAAACAAAAUACUUAAAUUGUACUUACAAUAUUAAAAUGUUGUAAUAGCACUAUUUAAAAAGUAGUAACAUUAUUUUAAUGCACUACAAUUUAAAGCUUAAUGAAAAGGUUGUGAUUACACUGUUAACAAUAAUAAUGUUGUUUUUUUCAUUGUUGUUUUUAAUAUUGUGCCAGGUAGCAGGUGUAGCAUAAUUGAGCCUAGUCUAGUGUGGAUACAUUGAGGAAGGAGCUGGGUCUAGAAGUGGCCAGAAAUUCGAUUCCCGUAUUGUUUUUAGAACUACAACUCCCUUGAUGCUUUGUCGGCCAGACUGUCUCUACCAAACGCCUCCCACCCAAAGCAUCAUGAUAAUUGGCACACUGUCCCUUUAACCACCCCCAUGCUCGCUGUGCAGGCUCAGAGUGCGCAUGUUACAGUAGGUGGGAAUAGAGGAUACAGUAUCCAGAGUGGCAGAGCUUAGUGUUUACUCACCGUUAGAAAGGAGUCACAUUGAAACCUCUGUGAGUAUACUGGGUGCCGCUAUUCAUGGAAUGUGGGGAUUGGGUGUGACUGUUUAUAUGGUCACUAAAAUAAAUUGUGAUCAGUGGGGAUAUGCUGGAAUCAGGCUAAUGUGUUUAUAGAGAACAGUGAGGAGUAUAUUGACAGCACCAGGAGGGGCUGUCCAUGUAUAAUGUGUUUAUACUGAAUUAAUAUAUAGAGAGCAGUGAGGAGUAUAUUGGCAGUAUCAGGAGGGGUAAUGUGUUUAUACUGAAUUAAUAUAUAGAGAGCAGUGAGGAGUAUAUUGGCAGUAUCAGGAGGGGUAAUGUGAUACUGAAUUAAUAUAUAGCGAGCAGUGAGGAGUACAUUGGCAGUAUCAGGAUGGGUAAUGUGUUUAUACUGAAUUAAUAUAUAGAGAGCAGUGAGGAGUACAUUGGCAGCCUCAGGAGGGGUAAGGUGUUUAUACUGAAUUAAUAUAUAGAGAGCAGUGAGGAGUAUAUUGGCAGUAUCAGGAGGGGUAAUGUGUUUAUACUGAAUUAAUAUAUAGAGAGCAGCUAGGAGUAUAUUGGCAGUAUCAGGAGGGGUAAUGUGUUUAUCCUGAAUUAAUAUAUAGAGAGCAGUGAGGAGUAUAUUGGCAGUAUCAGGAGGGGUAAUGUGUUUAUCCUGAAUUAAUAUAUAGAGAGCAGUGAGGAGUAUAUUGGCAGUAUCAGGAGGGGUAAUGUGUUUAUACUGAAUUAAUAUAUAGAGAGCAGCUAGGAGUAUAUUGGCAGUAUCAGGAGGGGUAAUGUGUUUAUACUGAAUUAAUAUAUAGAGAGCAGUGAGGAGUGCAUUGGCAGUAUCAGGAGGGGUAAGGUGUUUAUACUGAAUUGAUAUAUAGAGGGCAGUGAGGAGUAUAUUGGCAGUAUCAGGAGGGGUAAUGUGAUACUGAAUUAAUAUAUAGCGAGCAGUGAGGAGUACAUUGGCAGUAUCAGGAUGGGUAAUGUGUUUAUACUGAAUUAAUAUAUAGAGAGCAGUGAGGAGUAUAUUGGCAGUAUCAGGAGGGGUAAGGUGUUUAUACUGAAUUAAUAUAUAGAGAGCAGUGAGGAGUAUAUUGGCAGUAUCAGGAGGGGUAAGGUGUUUAUACUGAAUUAAUAUAUAGAGAGCAGUGAGGAGUACAUUGGCAGUAUCAGGAGGGGUAAGGUGUUUAUACUGAAUUAAUAUAUAGCGAGCAGUGAGGAGUAUAUUGGCAGUAUCAGGAGGGGUAAUGUGUUUAUACUUAAUUAAUAUAUAGCGAGCAGUGAGGAGUAUAUUGGCAGUAUCAGGAGGGGUAAUGUGUUUAUACUGAAUUAAUAUAUAGCGAGCAGUGAGGAGUAUAUUGGCAGUAUCAGGAGGGGUAAUGUGUUUUUAUACUGAAUUAAUAUAUAGAGCGGAGUAUAUUGACAGCACCUGGAGGGACUGUCAAUGUAUAAUGUGUUUAUACUGAAUUGAUAUAUAGAGAGCAGUGAGGAGUAUAUUGGCAGCCUCAGGAGAGGUAAUGUGCUUAUGCUGAAGUCAUAUUUAAAGGGGCACUGCAGUGACCAGCACAACUACAGCUUAAUGUAGUUGCUCUGGUGUCUAUAGCCUGUCCCUGUAGGAUUUUUUUAUGUAAACACUGCCUUUUCAAAGUGUCCAACUUGUCUGGUUACAAUUACAUGUUUGUUAGUCCACCCAUUGUAAAGCAUUUAGGAAUUUGUUAGCUCUGUAUAAUAAGUGGUCAUGGUGCCUUUUUAGUACCCCUUUAAUUUUGUGGUUUUAUUUCUUGUUUACAUGUCCGACCAGGGCUGGUGUUUAGUGCAUGUAGUGUGGUGUUGAAUAUAACUUUUCUCUCUCUCUUCUCUCUUGUGUAUAAAAAGUGACUGAUUGUUCUGAAUAGGGGCAGCGUCACCAAUUGAAUGCGCCUGUUGGUUUCCAUGGUGACUGCUCCACAUUUAGGUUUUUAGACCACGCAAACAUUUUAAGCUACUCCCUAUCGGUUUUCUAUACCGAACCCGUACUGGGUUAAUGUGGUUUGGGCUGCAUUAUUUAAUUGAUUUACUAAUGAAACCAUCAAUCUUUGCUUAAUUUUAUGUAGGAUCUUCCACCUCCUUCCCCACCCCUCUAUUUAUUUUAUUAUUUCUUUUCUUUCUUUUUUUUUAGAAAGUGUAACACUUUAUUCAGAUGUGUGCUUUUAUUAUCUACAUUAACUUGUCUUGUUUUAUCUAUCUAUGAUCUAUGUUAACUUUUUGUCUUAUCUUCUAUUAUCUAUGUCUUUUUAUUAAAUGAGUGGAUUGAACUGUUGGCUUCUACAGUUUAUCUGAUCACAGCAGUCAUACCCAUUCGUGUUAUCAAACUUUAUGAUUAAGGAGGGCAGGGCCUGACUACCCACCAAAAUAGUAGCAUGUAGCUGGUGCUUCUCAAGGAAUGCCUGAAACUCAGCCUUUAACCCUACAAAACCACACUUAUUUUUUGCCAGUACUUUUCUCUAUUCAUUGGAGAAUACCAGACUGAGCAUUUUAAAUUCUAUUUAAAGGACCACUAUAGUGCCAGGAAAACAUACUCGUUUUCCUGGCACUCUAGUGCCCUGAGGGUGCCCCCACCCUCAGGGACCCCCUCCCGCCCGGCUCUGGAAAGGGGGAAGGGGUUUAAACUUACCUUUUUCCAGCGCUGGGCGGGGGAGCUCUCCUCCUUCUCUCCUCCUCCGUUCCGCCCCGUCGGCUGAAUGCGCACGCGCGGCAAGAGCUGCGCGCGCAUUCAGCUGGUCGCAUAGGAAAGCAUUUACAAUGCUUUCCUAUGGACGCUAGCGUGCUCUCACUGUGAAAAUCACAGUGAGAAGCACGCAAGCGCCUCUAGUGGCUGUCAAUGAGACAGCCACUAGAGGAUUAGGGGUUUCUCUGAAACUGCUAUGUUUAUUAAAAAUGGGUUAACCCUAGCUGGACCUGGCACCCAGACCACUUCAUUAAGCUGAAGUGGUCUGGGUGCCUAGAGUGGUCCUUUAACUGGACGUACAGGGUAUUUCCAGAGUUAGCCUCCUCGGCGGCCUGCAGAUGUAUUUGAGGUGGAGGAAGCAGCCUACUCUCAGCCCUUUAUCAGCUCCAAACUGUCUUUGGCCCUGUUCCUUUUGGACUGGUGGAAGAUAUCCCAGUCAUCACUACAUCUGCAGCCCAGCAAAGUUGGCAGAUUGAGGCCUUCUAUUCAAGAUGACCACUUAUCUGGGGUCUGCUUUACAAUAUUCCUCCACGAUAACCUCCCACCUGUACCCGCUUACUCAAGCCUUUGAUCGGUUAUGCUCACAAUUUUGGGCUAUGCUACACCAGUGAGCGGUUGGUCCUGCAUCUACGCUCUACGCCAGAUGUUUCACGACUUCACCUCCAUUACGACACAAUGGAGCAAAGGUUACGCCAAAUGUGCCCAGAAAAGCACCAUGAGAGGUGAGACAGGAGAAGAAACAGAGGUUGAUGCCGAAAUUCCCGUUCCCAACUUCGCCAACACUCACCUGGGCCAAGCCCCCACGCAGAGCUCACACCUUCAGGAUGGCGGCAUUCAGUGGGAAGAUCCUGGUUUGUUUUUAUUUGAGCCAUAACGCUUGUUUAUGGUAACCAAGUGGUAUUUUCUCUUUGUUUAUUUUUAUCUUACAAUCAUAUGAUCCUUUAUGUUCAGGUAUAGCUGUAAUCUGCAAUCCAUGGUAAUAAGAUUACGCAUCUACUGCUGAUUUCAUAUAUACCUCCUUUCUAAACUUUUACAAACACUCUUAUUUCUCUGUUAAAAUGAGGCGACAAUAUUGUCUGCAAAACUUGUUAUAAUCACACAACCAAUGCUGACACAACAGUUGCAGUGUCUACUUGUGCGUUAUUGUAUUUUCCUCAAUAAAAACUAAAAUUACAAUAAAACGUACAAAUCUCUUAUGAAUAGAUUAAACAAACAAAAAUAAACAUAUCAAAUUACUGGGAUGUGACUGUUUACCUUUUAAUUUGCUUUUAGAGUUGAGCGAACUCGAACUGUAAAUUUCGGGUUUGUAUCGAACAUUACGAUUUUUUGACCCCGAACACGAACCCGGACAUUUCAGUAACAGUUCGGGUUCGAGUUCGGCGAUUUAAUGGCGCGUUUUGAAAAGCUCCAGGGCAGCCAAUCAACAAGCGUUUGACUCGUGAGCCCUAAGAAGCCAUCACAUCCAUGCCUACUAAUGGCAUGGCUGUGAUUGGCCAGUGCAGCAUGUGACCCAGCCUCUAUAUAAGCAGGAGUCACAUGAGCUCUUAUUAGUGUAGGGAGAGGAUGCUGCAGCUGUGAGGGACAGAUUAGGAAAGAAUUCUGGUGUUAAAUCUGCAAACUACAGCGAUUUUAUUUUUGUGGGUGCUAUACUACAGUUUUGUACCCUGCCCUGAGCCCAGUGCCACAGAGAAAUAAGCAAUCAGUCUGUUUGUUAGGUGGGCCUCGGCGGACAUUUUUGCAAGUGCAGUGCACUUGCAACUGCAUGUGUGCCAGGCACAUUACUUUAAUGUACCUGGUAGCUCAGUGGGCAACAUCUAGGCAUUUUUAAAUACUGCUGUGACAUUGCAGUUUGACAAAUUCACAUUUUUCUGGUGCUAAAAAGUAAAUUUGGGGCGUGCACUUUAUAUCUGAGAGUCAAAUAGAACCGUCAAAUACUGCUGUGACAUUGCAGUUUGACUAGUUCACAUUUGUUUUGGUGCUAAAAAGUAAAUUUGGGGUGUGCACUUCAUAUCUGAGAGUCAAAUAGAACCGUCAGAUACUGUGGUUACAUCACACUUUGACCAAUUCACCUUUUUUUGGUACUAAAGAGUAAAUUUGGGGCGUGCACUUCAUAUCUGAGAGUCAAAUAGAACCAUCAAAUACUGUGGUUACAUCGCACUUUGAAAAAUUCAAUUUUUUGGGGUGCUAAAUAGCACAGAUGCGGCCUGCGGUGCAUUUCUUGCAGUCCAAUAAAACCCUUAAAUACUACUGUUACAUUGUUGGUUUAAAAAAAAAUCACAGUUUUUUUUUGUGCUAAAUAGUACAUUUCUUGCAGUCCAAUAAAACCGUUUAAUACUACUGUUACAUUGUUGUUUGACAAAUUCACAUUUUUUUGAGACAGUGAAGUAACUGUAUUAAUUACGCCUGUCACACUGUUGUGUGAUCUCUAGAAAUUUUUUCUCUUUAGGACACCGGCACUGCCUUACUGUCAGUGAACUUAAUUGUUGACUAUUGGCGGUUACAUUGCCGCCUGACAACCAUCUGUUAGUUUGGUGGGUGAACGCAAAGAAUGAGGAGAGCGUCAAAUAAGGGACGUGGCCCUGGUCGUGUUGCUGCUGGUGAUGGUGGAGUUCCUGUUGCAGGGAGAGGACGUGGUUGAUCUGUGCCAGCUACAUGCACAAGUGAAACACCUUCCUCAGGUGCGAUUAGGCGACAGAACCUUCUGCGUUAUUUGGUAGGCCCGAAUGCCGCUCUAUGAAUGGUGAGGCCAGAACAAGUACAGGCAAUAGUAGAUUGGGUGGCUGACAGUGCCUCCAGUUCCUUGACAUUGUCUCCCAACCAGUCCCCUGCUGAAAGUUCAGAGUUGGCACCUGCAGCCCAUGGCCAUCUGUCUUUCACCUCACCCACUUGCAAAUCAGCCAAGCAGUCUGAGCCACAGGUCAUGCUGCAGUCUCUUAUGCUUUUUGAUGACUCUGCUGCCUGAGUUUUCGUGGGCCAUCCACCUAGCCUUGCCCCAGAAGUGGAAGAGAUUGAGUGCACUGAUGCACAACCACUUAUGUUUCAGGAUGUGGACAUGCGAGGACCACUUCAGCACAUCUCUGAUGAUGACGAAACACAGGUGCCAACCGGCAAGGAGGGCAUGGUUGAGGAGUGGGUGGAAGAUGAUGUGGAGGAUGAUUAGGUCCUAGACCCCACAUGGAAUCAAGGUCAUGCGAGUGCCGUGUGCCAUUUGGAGGAAGAGGCGGUGGUCUCACAGAGGCACCAGCACAGCAUAAGAGGGAGCAGAGUGCAAAAGCGGAGCGGCCAUCCCAUAGACAGUACGCCUGCUACUGCCCACUGCACCCUUGGACCGAGCACACCAAAGCCAUCUCCAAGGAGUUCCCUGGCGUGGCAUUUCUUCAGACAAUGUGCUGACGACAAGACAUGAGUGGUUUGCACGUAGUGCAUUUAGAGCCUAAAGCGAGGCAUAAACGUUCUAAACCUGAGCAAAACCUGCAUGACCAGGCAUCUACAUGCAAAGCAUGAGCUGCAGUGGAGGAAGCACCUCAAAAACCAAGAAAGGUCUCAGGCUCCUCCUGCUUCCUCUUCUGCUGCUGUCUCGGCCUCUUCCUCCACCUCUGGAGUGAAAGUGGCACCUGCCACCCCGCAAACAGAGGAUGUGGCAGCAACGUCACCACGUCCGCCAUCGUCCCCAAGCAUCUCCACACUGUCCCAUGGAAGCGUUCAGCUGUCCAUCUCCCAAAAACUGAAGAGAAAGAGGAAGUACCCCCCUACCCACCCGCGAUCCCUGGCCCUGAAUGCCAGCAUUUCAAAAUUCCUGGUCUUUGAAAUGCUAUCAUUCCAUCUGGUGGAGACAGUCAGUUUUAAAAACCUGAUGGCGGUGGCUGACCCACAUACGUGGUUCCCAGCCGCCACUACUUUUCCAGGCGAGCCAUCCCUUCCCUGCACAACCAAUUGUCGGACAAAAAUCAGGUGUGCACUGCGCAACGUCAUCUGUGGCAAGGUCCACAUAACCACUGAUACGUGGACGGUAAGCACAGGCAGGGACGCUAUAUCUCCCUAACUGCACACUGGGCAAAUGUAGUGGCGGCUGGGUCUGAGGCGGAUAGCAGUUUGGCGCAUGUCCUUCCGCCGCCGAGGAUUGCAGGGCAUUUCUCUUUGCCUCCUGUUGCCUCCUCCUCCUACUCUGCUUUCUCCUCCUCUACCACCUCCUCAUCCGGUCAGCGUAACACCUUCACCACCAACUUCAGCACAGCCAGGGGGAAACGACAGCAGGCUGUUUUAAAACUCAUAUGUUUGGGGGAAAAACCUCACACCGCGCAGGAGCUGUGGACGGGCAUGGAACAACAGACCGAUGAGUGGUUGUUGCCCCUGAGCCUCAAGCCCGGCCUGGUGGUGUGCGAUAAUGGACGAAAUCUCGUAGCAGCUCUGGGCCUAGCCGGUUUGACGCACAUCCCUUCCUGGCGCAUGUGCUGAAUUUGGUGGUGCAGAAAUUCCUGAAAAACUACCCAGAUAUAUCAGAGCUGCUGCAGAAAAUGCGGGCCAUCUGUGCGCACUUUCUGCGUUCUCACCCUGCUGCUGCUGCUCGUCUGUCUGCGCUGCAGCGUAACUUCAGCCUUCCCGCUCACUGCCUCAUAUGCGACGUGCCCACAAGGUGGAACUCCACCUUGCACAUGCUGGAGAGACUGUGCGAGCAGCAGCAGGCGAUAGUGGAGUUUCAGCUGCAGCACGCACGGGUCAGUCACUCUGCGGAACAGCACCACUUCACCAUCAAUGAGUGGGCCUCCAUGCGAGACCUGUGUGCCAUGUUGCGCUGUUUCGAGUACUCCACCAACAUGGGAAGUGCUGAUGACGCCGUUCUCAGCCUUACUAUCCCGCUUCUAUGUCUCCUUGAAAAAACGCUUCAGGCGAUGAUGGAAGAGGAUGUGGCACAGGAGGAAGAGGAGGAGGAAGAGGGGUCAUUUCCAUGGUUAUUAGGCCAGGCAUUCACAAGUGGCUCAGAGGGUGGUUUCCUGCACCAGCAUAGGCCAGGUACACAAUUGUCCAGCCAGGGCACAGUUCUGGAGGAUGAGGAGGAGGAGGAGGAACCGUGUUCACAGCAGGGUGGCACCCAACGCAGCUCGUGGGCAUCACUGGAGCGUGGCUGGGGGGAUACAGAGGACACAGACGAUACACCUCCCACAGAGGACAGCCUGUCCUUGCCUCUGGGCAGCCUGGCACUCAUGAGGGACUACACGCUGCUGUGCCUGCGCAACAACUGCCAAGUUGCCCACAUUCUAACUUGUGCUGAUUACUGCCUAUGUUUAGUUAUUGUUAUAGAUAAAGGGAUCAUUCUGAACAGGUAUGACCAAUGUGGUAGAAUAUAUGAUUUGAUGAUAUUUAUUCUUCCCAACCAGGAAAUUCGUAUGUUUCUCCACUCUUUGAGUAAUUUAUCACUGGUAUCUUUUAUAAGAUUAUCCACAUUUUUAUCGAUCAUUUCUUUUAAGCUAUAAGAGAAAUGAAUCCCAAGAUAUUUAAAACCUUGUGAUGACUAAGUGAAGGGAUAUUUAACUGAUAAUCUAUUAAUUGUCGUAAAAUCUAAAUUGAUGGGGAUAAUUUUGGAUUUACCAAUAUUUAAUUUAUAGUUUGAAACUCUACCAUAGUCUUCCAACUCCCGAAACAAGGCCCCUAGUGAUAUAUCCGGAUCAGACAAUGUUAAUAUUAUGUCAUCAGCAUAUAGGCUGAUCUUAAAUUCAGAAUGAUUCAGAAUAACUCCUUUAAUUUGAUAGUUGUUUCUUAUGCUCACUGCGAGCGGUUCAAGAGUCAAAAUAUAUAAAAGCGGGGCCAGGGGACAUCCCUGCCUGGUCCUGUUAGAAAUUGUAAACCAAACUGCGGAGAUGCCAGGGCCCACGGUUUUAGUCGUUGGACUAGAAUAAAGAGCCAUUAUUGCAGUUUUAAUGGAGCCAACAAAUCUAAAUUUGUCCAGAGUCUGGUUCAUAAAACUCCAGCUGACCCUGUCAAACGCCUUCUCAGCAUCUAGUGACAGGGCCAGCAUAGGGAUCUUGCUCCUUGUUACAUAAUCAAUCAGGGCAGUCAAUCUUCAUGUGUUAUUACUUGGAUCUCUACCCUAAACAAAACCUAUCUGGUCGUGAUGAAUUAAAGAUGCAAUAAUCGAUUUUAGUCUAUUUGCAAUGACAGCAGAAUAAAUUGUAAUAUCUGAGUUUAUAAGAGAUAUAGGCAGAUAAUUAACCAGAUUAGUUGGGUCCUUAUCAGAUUUUAAUAUCGGUGAGAUAUUAGCCUGUAAUAAUUCUUUCAAAGGGAGACCCUAUUCUCUAAUCUCGUUAAAUGUAUCUACUAGAUGUUGCAAUAGCUCAUUUUUAAAUUUCUUUAAAAAACAAUUAGUAUACCCAUCAGGACCUGGGGCUUUAUUCAGCUUAAGCCUGUUAAUUACCAGACUAACCUCAGAUUCAGAGAAAGGUAAGUUUAACUCUUUCUGCUGGCCAUCUGUAAGAGUUGGCAAUUUAAUCCCAUCCAGAUAUUCAGAUAUAUCUAAUUCCUGGGGGCUGGAGGAGAGAUUAUAAAAUUGUGCAUAGAAUUUAUUAAAGUCAUUAUCUAUUGAUUUUGGGUCAUUAUAACUAUGAUCUUUUUGAAUCUCGAUCUAGCUUUUCUAUUUUUUAGUCUAUUGGAAAGCAUUUUAUCAGCUUUGUUGCUUUUAUGGUACCAAUUCUAAUUUAGCUUUUGUAGAGCGAAAUUCACUUUUGCCAAUAAAGUAGUAUUGAUCUUCUUGGAUAUUUCUGAUAUUUGUUGAUCGAACUCCUUUGUAGGGGAGAUUUUAUUAAUUUUUUUAAUUUAAAUUAUAGAAUUCAAGGUAUAGUUAAUUUAAAGAUAGGCCUUGUUCCCCUUUUUUUUUCAGACCCCAAUUUAAUUAUAUAACACAUUAUUACACUCUUAAAGGCACACCAUAAGAUUUGCUUUGAGAUUUCUUGUGUCCUAUUUUCUUUAUAGUAUAAUUUAAUCCUCUCCGACAUGUAAUCAAUAGUUUAAGAAUCAGAAAAUAAUCUCUCAUUCAGCCUCCAUUGUGAUCGUGGUUCAUUAGCAUCUAAUCCUAUUUCCAUAUAUAUGAUAUCCUCAAUUUUAAUUAGGUAACAUUGUUGAAUUAACUGUAAUUUAACCAAAAAGUAAUCUAUUCUAGAAUAUGACAAGUGAGGUUUAGAGUAAAAAGUGAACUCUUUUCAUCAGGAUGUUUUACUCUCCACAUGUCAUAUAGAUUAAAUUUAGAUAUGACAUUCUGCAGAACCAAUUUUUUAAUGAUAUUUUGUUGUUUCCUUUCUUGUGGAACCUUUUUAUCCAUUGAUACAUCUACCACACAGUUAAGGUCUCCUCCAACUAUAAAGGACCCCUGUACCUUGUUUUCAAACUUGUUUAAUAUGUUAUUAAUACAUUUUUCUGGUUGUUUAUUUGGAGCAUAUAUAUUGAGCAGUGAGUAGAUUUCCCCCUGCAAUUCACAGAUCAAGAACACAUAUCUGCUAUUCUUAUCCACUUCUCUAUAUAGUUCUUUGUAAGUUACAUUCUUUGAAAUAAAAAUUGCAACUCCUCUGUUUUUAGAGCUAUAAUCUGAGGAGACAAGAGUUGGAUAAUAGAAACUUUUCAUUUUUGAGUUUUUUUGAGUAAUUUUCUUUUUCCAUAAAUGAUCUACUAAAAGCUUACGUUUCUGUGGAGUAUUCAAACCCUUAACGUUCAAAGUUAUAAUCCUAAUCUUAUUCCCCUCUAACAUUAAUCCUCCCUAUGCUACGUAAUUCCUCAGGUUGGCCACGCACAAUCCGCUCAACAUAUAAGACAAAUACAACCAUAUAACAAAAAAAACCUCAAAGGGUUUAAAAAAAAUGACUCUUGAAAAACCCUUACGAGCGUCAUUGUCCCAAAUAGUGUGUCUUACCCCCUUUCCCUUGCUAGACACUUUUCCCGUCAGCUCUUCUAUCAAGAGCUGUACUGUAGGGCAACGGAAUGCAGAUAUUUUUUUUAAAUUUAUAAAGAAAACAUUUUCUUGUACGCAUUGAUUCUUCUUUCUUACUUUAAUAAACUUUUUCUAGACUUUCUUAAUUUCAUUUCAUGUGCAUUUACUUCUUUAUUUAAGAUAAUUUAACGUGUCCAUAUUCUCCUUGUUAAUUUAUGUGCAAAUCAAAUAUUUCCUUAUGACCUAUUCAUAUUAGCAGAUAUUUAAAACCCCCCUUUUUUUCCUCUUUCCUUUCUCCUUUCUUCCUCUUUCCUUUCCCUUUCUUUAAAAUGAGCGUGGUCACAUAUAUAGUAUGAUUUGCAAUUAAAUUUAAUGUUCCCUAUGACAUUUUUUUUCUCUUUUUUUUCCCCCCCUUUCUUUGUUCUUAAUCUCAACCAAUUUGAACAUAUACACUUAAUUACUUUUAUCUUUCCUCGAUAUAGUUAUUAAUCGUGAGGGCCCCAAAGCUGUAGAACAAUACUCUUGUCUUUCUCUCUCCACCUAUCUAAUUGCAACCUUCUUGUUUCCCCUAUUUUAUUCUAUCCCCCUAGUGAAUAGUUAUGCUAUUUAUUCUACAAUAUUAAUACACAUUCAUCCAUUAUUAAGCAUAAGUAAAUAUCAAAAUUAGUUAAACGUACUCGUGAGUAUAUCCCAACAUUUAAAUUGUGUGAAUAUUAUAUUUGAACUAUAAUGUUUAAUAGAUAUUGCAUUAUCUAUCCAUUCUAGCAAACUUAGUCAAACUUUCUAUCUUUGUGCAAUUUCAAUUAAACUAUAAAAAAAUCCCAUAUGAGUUUUAUUUCAUUAUUUUUUACCCAUUAUUGUAAAUAUCUAAAUUCUUUUAUUCCAUUAUCUCCACUCCCUAUCCAUACCCUAUCCCUCUCAUCAUAUGUCUACUCCCUACCCCUCCCUCUUCUCUUACCCCCUCUCGUCCUUAUCUUAUCCCACCAACUCUAUUUCGAAUUUUAUCAAGUUUAUAAGAGUGCCAACUUUAAUCAUUUUGUCUGGUUCAUACUUGUACAUAUUUGUGAAACCAUUAUCAAUAGUGAUUCUAUGAAGUGCAUUUAUCAUAGAAGGGGAUAGGUAUACUAAAUUAACUAUACUUUAUAGUAGGGAGGAAAGAAAAACAUAAGCAGAGCAAUAAAUAAGUUUUAACUAUUGAGACUUUACAUUUUGCCAUUAUCAUCAUUAAGGAAAAAAUUUGUUUUGACUUCUGCCAAGAAGUGGCUUUUUGGGCAGAAUCAAACAUAAUGGAGGAGUUCUCAUAGUGAACAACCAAUUUUGCUGGGAAACCCCAACUAUAUUUUUAUGUUGUUAUUUCUUAUAGUGGUGGUAGUCUCAUAGAAAGAUCUUCUAAAUAUUCUAGUGGAUCUGGACAAGUCUGGGAAACAUCUUAAGUGUUGGAAUUUCUUUGGGAAUGCUGAUACAUCUCUGAAAGCUUGUGAGAGUAGUUCUCUGUGUUUGUAAGACCUUCCUGAUGUUAUAGUCACUGGGUAUUGCCACGUCCACCACCAUUGCAGUCUUCUGUUCCUUGCACUCCCCUCCAAAUAGCACUCUCCUGGCGGAUUUCAAAGUGGUUCAAAACCGCGAACCAUGUCGUCCAGGAACUGCACGGUCACCUAAUACCUAAAACAGUUCCAUAACAUUCGCGGCUAAGUCCGACUGAGGUGACCGGAAACCCACAAAGUUCUCAUGCUGAAAUUAGUUCCAAAGCGGUCACGGCUAAUUACCGCUGGGACUAUUUGUGGGUUUGGUUCACGCAAACGGCCUCCAGAGAGCCAGCUUUCAGUUCCAUUCGCAUGAAGGGAAAGUGCCGAACCAGGGGCACACAGGGCAAGCUACUAAUGGUGGUUGGGGAGAUUUAACUCCAGAACAGAGUCUUUGUAUGUGGCCGAUAGUUGGCGGGCAGGAGGCCAGCUUCUAUGCUCCUCCAUGAAUUUGUGGCAAACAUUCAGGGCAAGUAGCAUUUGUCACAGUUCACAUUUCCAGCAACUUGUUUGUGCCUCUCAGUAUUGCUUUCCCUGCUGACUUUUGCAACUAGUUACUAGAUUGUCUCUGAAGUCUUUUUGCACAGUUUACACCUUGGGUCCUGUCUGGUGUGGUAGACCCCCACUUUUAUUGGUCUGGUAAUGACUACCUUUUCUGCUAGGAUUAGUGCUAAGUCUGGUCUUUCAUUCCUCCUUUUUCCAGCCACUGGUAAGAUUUUGUCAUGUGAGCUACAUCUGCUAUCUGCUGAUGGUACAUGCCAUGGAGAGGCUUUCUUGCCAUGGAACCUCCACAUGUUUUUGCAUUCUCUGUUGCUGCUUAGAAGCUCAUCAUUUUAUAGGAGCCAUCUUCAUGAUGUACUUGUGGAUGCUGCUCUGUAUCUUAUCUGGUCUGGACACUCUUCAGGCCCAGACCUAUUUGCUUCUGGCCAGUAUACCAUCUCUGGGUGGAACUGGUCAUGAAACGAUCAAGUCUAGAACUUAGGUCACACCUAGCUUAAGUAGCAAUUUAGAAUAAAAAGAUGCAUCAUAAGUGGCUGGGCAGAACAGAGAGAAAUGAGAAGCCAUCUGAAUAUAAAGUGAAUGAAUAGUCUGUGUACAAGCUGAAAGACCGGUAAAUGGGUCCUAUGUGACUAAUAUCGUUCUGACUUGAGUUAUCCUGCCAGGUUGAAAGCCUGUUGUUAGUAGUUGGUAAAUUUGUGCUGCUUAGCAUUCAAGAUCAUGCAGUUGUCUGCUUUCAGGUCUAGUAGCCCCUAGACCUUGGUGCUAUGUGGUGGUUCUUACUCUCAAAUGUUCUUCCAGUACUGUUAAGUCUAAGCUCUAGGUGGGUCUGUGGGCAGUCCAGCAUUUUCCAAUGAUCUUUCAUAGUCUUGUCCGGUGGUUAAAUACGGUCAGUUUUUCUUUGUUUGAUUUGUUUUUGGUCCCCCUCCAUCUUUUGUCUGCAGCUACACCAUUUUGGGAAACCGUUGCAAUAAGUAUAGGUUCUUCAUGGCGCAUGCAUGUUUUUUUGUGUAGUCUUUCUAAUUCCAGUUGUGAAACCAAUUUUCUCUUGACAUUCUGUUAUUUGCUGUAAAUGUAGGUUUAUUUUUUUGUGUGUUAGUUUUUUAUUUAUUUUAUUCAUCGACCUAUGUUUCAUGUAGCCCCUCAUUGGGUCUGCUGUUGCAGUAGCAGUUAAGCAGGUCUAGACUCUCAUUUCAUGUUUAUGUGUGACCUCUACUUCUCUAUCUCAAAAAAAUUACACCUUAUACCUUGAUAUAUAUGGAGGCCCUCAGUCUUGAAUAUACAUUGUCAAACAAAGAUCUGCACACACCAGUCAAGCCAAAAUAACUUGCUUUUCCCACAGAAAUUUUACAUUUACAAUGCUGUUACCACUGCAAGGGAUUCUAGGUGGGCAUAUGCAAAUGAGUUCAACAAAGAAUCCCAGUUUAUGCUUGCUAUAUACAACCGCUUUGAAACACAACUCAGGAAGAGAUGCAAAGCCAGUGAGCCACUCAUGGACAGCUGUUUCGUUGUUAAUGCAACUCAUCAACAAGAGGUUGCAUUAACGUUACUUGUGGAGCACAAACCAAUGUUUGGGUGAGGAAAAAAGUUCACAUACACACACACUCACACUCUCUUUCUCUCAUUUGGUAGAAAGCUAUGCUUUUAAAAUAUUGUCAUCCAGUAGGUUUGGACAUGACUUGGACAUUUAGGACAAAACGUGGAGAAAUAAGGUCUUCUCUUGAAUAUGUGGGACAUCUCUCUCCAAUGUGAAUAACUUGGCCUGAAGUCAAUUGUUAAACCCUUUAUUAAGCUUUUCAUAUUUUUAAAAACUAGAAUUUUCCUGGCAUGCGGUGGCGCUUACAGCUGUCACUAAAAAGACAAAAAUAGCUUUGAUAGUCCUCAAAACCGAAAACCCAAAUGAGUAUUAAUAGCCUUCCGCUAUGUUAAUAAUGUUUGGCAUCGUGUUCAAGCUGCUUUAAUCAGACCCUUGAUAAACCACUGGAGCCUGACAGAAAAAAAUAUGUGUAUCCCAAUUUCAGCAGAACGGUCCUGUCCUGAGAGGAGAAAUUGCACCAAAACAGUGUUUCUCAUACUUCUCCAGGCAGCAAUGGAUAAGUCUAAGAAGCUUACAUAGUUACAUAGCUGAAAAGAGACUUGCGUCCAUCAAGUUUUGAUUGCAAGUGUUGUUGUUGGGAGGGGAGGGAGAGAGCAAGUUUGGGUUAAUAUAGCAGGUGAGGGGUUAAUGCUGUAAGUUUGGGUCAAUAAAUCAGGUAUGGGGUAAAUACUGCAGGCGUGGAGUUUAUAAAUAUACGUUUAUAUGAUACUGUGAAUUAAUUUAAUGAUUUGCUGUCAUAAUGUGAUACGUAGAACAUUUUACGGGUGGGGUGGGGUGGGGACAGGGCUUAGAACUGUCCACUUGGCAUGGUCCCUGCUCAGAAGAAAGCAUUGACUGAAAGCCGCUGAUUGUUAAUGUUCUUCUUUGUUUAGGAACCAUGAGUGGUAUGUGUGGACUCCGUGUCAUGCUCCCUCUCAGCCUGGUUAUGCUGGUGUUCUGCUCCACUGGUAAGCUUUUAAUGCAUAUUCGUAUGAGACGUACUCCAGCUAUAAAUGUGCAACAUUUGUACAGUUCAACCCAUUGCUUUGAUCCAUUGUUUCCACACUCAGGGGUGACUGUUUCCAAAUCGCUUGCCCCAUAAUUACUAUAUGGUUAUUGUGCUUAGAGUCCCUUUAAAUAAGCUUUUCCCCUACCUGAUGUCCACUCAUUUUGGCCUCUUUGUUCCAGUGCAGAGACUGGAACAGAGCUCCUAAACGAGUGAGAUAAAAAUAUUAGCAAGUCACAAAGGGUUCCGUGUCUAUCUAAUCUACCCCUACAUUGUCCCUAUUUAUCCAUUUGUCUGUCCUUUGUCAGCCAUCCCCAUGGAGUGUUGCUAUGUGCUAUGAAAACAUCAAGUGACACCAGAUGCUCUGUGCAGCUUUGAAUUUAAAAAAAAGACUGUCUAAAAUAACUGCAUUCCAGUUGUUUAAUUCUCUACCUCUCGUAUUGUCUAUUAAAUAUUAUACACACUCACACACAUGCACGUAGGUGGACUUUAUUUACUAAAUACUAAAUCAGUGAUGGCGAACCAUUUUUGAGCCCGAGUGCCUAAACUGCAAUACAUACAACCGCCACUUUUUUUCCCUCAAAGUGCCAACACUGCAUUUAAACCUGAAUACUGAGGUUUAAGUUUAGAAAAAAGAACUCAUACAGUUGUCCAAACUAAUUCUCCUCUUCUCUCCCCAGCAUCUUCCCUUCUCUAAACACAGCAUAUCCCCUCCUCCCACUAGCAUCUCCUCCUCCUCUCCCCUUCUUCCCCAGCAUCUCCUUCUCCACCCAGCAUCUCCUCCUCAUCCUCCCCCAGCAUCUCCUCCUCAUCCUCCCCCAGCAUCUCCUCCUCAUCCUCCCCCAGCAUCUCCUCCUCCUCCCCUCUCCUCCCCUUCUUCUCAGCAUCUCCUCGUCCUCCACCCAGCAUUUCCUCCUCCUCCCCCAGAUUAUCCUCUUCCUCUCCCCUUCUCACCCAACAUCUCCUCCUCCUCUCUCCUCGCAUCUCCUCCUCCUCCUCUCUCCCCAGCACGUCCUCCAACUCCUUUCCGAUCUCUGGUUCAGUGUGAAACCUAGUAUAUCUGUUUGUUUGCAUAGGUCUGGCCUUGAUGUGUUAUAACUGCCAAUCGUAUAGCAGUGAGCAGUGUGAGCAGAAAAUGACGUGUCCAUCGACCCAAAACGCCUGUCUUAAAAUCACAACAGGUAUGUGUUUUUACAGGAUCGAAGUGAUGUAACGUUUCUUUAUUAUCCUUUUCCAAAUGCCUUUUUGUGUGUAUUUGUGUUACUCAAAACACACACACAUAUAUACAUGGAUAAAUCCAAGGUGCUUGCACUCCGGGUGUAGUGCCCAGUGCAAAUCCAGCAAAAAUCAUAGGUAUCCAGAAAACGGAAUGCACUCCAGGGUCUUUGUAAAAUAAAAUAUAACUUUUAAUUCAUAUUCAAAAUAAAAUUAACAUCAACGUUUCGGCUCACAUCUGGAGCCUUCUUCAGGAUGGCAAAUACCACAUGACAUAAAAAUUAAAUGCUCACCAUUAAUAAGUGUGUGUAGGACUGAAACCGCCAAAAUGCACGAGAAGAAAGCAGAACAAAUCAUACAACAGGGUGGAGACAGUAAGAACUUACUCCUACAAAGAUAAGAACUCUUGAUACAAUUUGGCCUAAAGGACUUAAUGAGAAAAUUUCAUUUGCUAUGUUCCUUUAAAUAUAUCAGAUUCUUAACACAGUGGUGUCAAUAAGACUUAAUGUGAAAUAAGUCAACUUGCCAUGUCCCUUUAAAGACAUCAGGUUUUUAAUACAUUUUGACAUGUUCCUUUAAAUUUAUUAGGUUUUCAAUACUAUGGGAUGCAUCGGACUCAAUAUGAGAAUGUAUAAUUCAACUUGCCAUGUCUUUUUAAAACUCAAUAGGUUUUCAAUACAUGCUGAUCUUUCUAUUGCACGCAUACUUGCUCGUUUUUACCAUAUGAACAACUUUUGUAUUUGGCUUUAUGGGGGUUGUAGUUCCAUGGGUUUGUGCACUUUUUGCAAAUCCUUGGUACCCUCUCCCAUUUAAGACUUUUUGACUUUUUUCUAUUUAUCUAAGACAGUUCAUCUAUCUGCAUAUUAUUACAGAUGUGUAUACACCUUUUAAGAGUUCAUAGGGUAGCAGACAUCCUUUUCUUUUUCUUUAAUUUGCCUGCUUAGUUUGUUUUUUCCUCUCUCCUUAUUCUGAGCCCUUUACUCUAAUACUGAUGCCUUAGAAUGUAUCCAAUGUAGAUUUAUCGUAUAGCUAAUUGCAGAACUGAAACAAUCUUAUCGUCUUCCAGUAUCUAUUUGGUCAUUACGCUCAGCUUGCAAACAUGGUUACUGUUUCCCUUCUCUAACAUGUUCGGUCUGUUUUAACGUUUUUUCACUUUCACUUGGUGUGUUAGCAAUGAUAGGGAGCUCUCCCGGUAUUCAGCACCUUGGGCUGGCCGAGGAUGAUUGCCCCUAGAAUCCCCUACUGCAUCUUUGUGUGCAGCUAGUGGUAGGGAGCUUCCCCAAUUUACAGCACUGUAUGCUGGCUGAGGAUAAUUGCCCUCAGAAUCCUCUACCGCAUUAGGAGCCUAUCGGCAACAGAGAAGUAAGUUCUAGCACAAUCCACGUGAGAACUGAUCUGUGUAUCGGCUGUACGAUUUGUUCUGCUUUUUUCUCGUGCAUUUUGGCGGUUUCAGUCCUACACACACUUGUUUAUGGUGAGCAUUUAAUUUUUAUGCAUAUAUAUAUUUUGUUUGUUAUGUAUGUAAUGUUGUAUUUGCCAUCCUGAAGAAGGCUCCAGAUGUGAGCUGAAACGUUGAUGUUAAUUGUAUUUUUAUUUUGAAUAUGAAUUAAAAGUUAUAUUUUAUUUAAGACCCAGGAGUACAUUCCGUUUUCUGGAUACCCACAUAUAUACAUACAUACAAUGCCAAAAUGCCAGAGUAUUACAGUAUUGCUAUGAUGCCUAUUUUGUUGGACGCACAUAAUAUUUCAAAGACAAGCUUUCGAGAGUUUUCCACUCUUCUCAGGUCUGAAGCAAACAGGCUUGUCUUUGAAAUAUUAUGUUAGUCCAAUAUAAAAGGUAUCAUUGCAUACUGCAAUACUCUGGUAUUUUGGCAUCUUGUCUACUAGACUAAUAUGGCUAAUCCAAUCUAAGUUAUAUAUUCAUAAUUUCAUUAUUAUUUUAUUUAUUUAUUUUUCCUCGACAGACCGCUUCUUUACAUUUUUAAAUAUGACUUGCCCUCAAAACUGUCCCCAACCUAUGUAUAAAAGACAACUUGAACCCUUUGUCUUUGCCUGUGCCUGUCUCUCAUAAGGACAGGGUAUGUAGCUCCAGGUUGCUGGUAGACCUGCACAGGCUGUGAUCCAUGGGCCAUAUAUAUGUGUAAAACGAAAAAGAGAAUUUAAUCACAAUUGCUCACAAGAUUAAUGUAGCCACAGCUACUACUCUUUGUCCUCUGCUGGGUCCAUUAAUACACAAGAUGUGGUCUUCAUAGAAGAGGCAUCUGAGGUUACCAGAUAUUGAGACACUUGAAAUCCCUAUUUGGAUAAUUUAACCAUGAUGAAUGAAGCGCAAUGUUGACUUAAAUCUAAGUUAUCAAAAACAAUCUAUUUCUUUCCAACAACGAUUCUUAAAGAGAAACAUACAGAUAGUCCAUGAAUCACGUUUAAUGUGUUAUAGAAAUAAUUUUUUUAAAUUUAAUAUUCAGGUGUUAAUAUAAUCCUCUUCUUCCAUUGCGUAUACAUAUGCUGUUAUCAGGAGUUCACAGUUGCCAUUGUGAACACAAUGGCUACCUGGGCAUGUGACCCCCCACUUUGAGGUUUUAUUUUUUUCUACAAAAGCCAUCACAUUUUAGUGUAUGUACAGGAUUAUAAUAUAACUUUUACGGCAACCAAAAAUCAUCUAUUAGGCAAGUGAUUUCAAUUGUGAUAGCAAUCACUUGCUACCUAGUGGGGCCUAGGCUCCAUCGGGGUUUGUUUCAUGAAACACAUGAUGUGAUACAAAAAGUCCUCUGAUCAGGGGGAUUCCCCCUUGUCAAAAUCUGAAACCAGAAAAUGUAUGUGUGUUUAUAUCCCGUAAAAUCAUAUCUAUUAAAGAAGUAUACAUUUUAGGAAAAAAUGAGAUGUCAACAUAUUUGGAGUUUUUUUGCUUUUUUUUUGUUGUUGUUUUUUUUUUUUUUUUACCUUGUAGUAUUUUUACCAGCAAUUAAAACUAUAUAUUGUAUUAGGAUUGGAAUUUCUAUACACUGUGCCUCAUUGUGACGUUUUUCUGUUCUACCCUCAGAUGGCAAGUCAAGAUUUCAGUGCUGGGAGAUGAACAGAUGUGACAUUCCAUCUCUUAAAAAUGAAUUUCAGCUGAAUAAAUUCUCUUCUAGUUGCUGCCAGUCCGACCUCUGUAACAGCGGUAGAAACAGCCUGCCUGUUACCUCUUUGGUUCUCAGUUUAGCCGCCGCUAUUCUGCUGAUAUUCUCCUGCUGAGUGUCCAGCUGCCUCUUCUGCAAACUGUUUGGGAUCUGAUCGCAAGCAAACGUGACCUUCUCUGCUUCACUGGCGAACGAGAUGUAACUAAGUAUCUACAACCUGCAAAAACAUCUUAGUCCAUAUACCUGUAAAGGCUUUUCUGCAAUUGCGUUACGCUUUUCAUUUACUGGGUUGGGUCCCAGGUAAACAUUAACAAAAUGUUUUGUUGUAGUCACUUAAAUUAUCACUGCCGUCCUUUCCUUAUGUUUGAUUAAUUACACUAAAAUAACAAUAUGAUAGAAUGUUACUAUGCACAUACUCACGUGCUAGCGAUAUAUGAAUAAUGUGCCAAAGUUACAGCAAGCACAGGUGUCUGCCUGUCUAGUUAUUCGCUGCGGGCACCCUUGGGAUUUAAUUUAAGGUGUAAUUUUUAAUUAAUAUGUAUAACAGGGAGAUUAAUAAAAAAAAUAGUAUUGCGACUCCUAUAAUUUCAUGUGGUCAGUGUGGGUUUUUGUCUUGAAUUAAUUACCAAUAGUCUCAGGAUUUCCCC